GCUUAGCUUAGCGGAACACCAGCUGGACAAUGAAACCGCAGCUGCGAUUCCGUUUCAUUGGGGUUUGGUCAAACUGUAUUCUUCUGGUUUUGGGUACCCUUCAGCUACCUUCAACCUUCCUCCUCACGUCGAAGCAUUUGCUCUCUUAUGUCCUCAGAUAAACCUGCACUUUUUGCAUAUUCUUUAAUCUCCUGACAGAUUGGUACAAGGGCUACUUCCACAUCAUAUUGCAAGCUUUUCGAGUGUCUCAUUUGUUGGAAGUUUUUAAGUCAACUAGAUAACCUUCCAAAAGACGCAAACUUCACAAACUCAGGUGUUAAAUUUCAAGUUCUUGGAAUAGAUUUUCGAACAGCCAUUGGAGAAAUCCUCACGGGUUUUGUUUAAGGCUUUUAAGUCAAGCGAAACCCAGAACCAUUUCAAAGAUUGCAAGGUUUUUGGAGCUUUUCUUAGGAAUCCCCAUUUCAAAGAAUGUAAAUCUCUGAAAUGGAUUUUUGCGGUCCUUGAGUAUUUCCAGAUCUUUUAGAGUUACUUACUGUCAAUUAAGUGAGGUACCCAUUUCAAGAAACACUGAUUUGUGAACUGGGUCCUAGUUGACUUCUGGAAAUUUUGAGUCAGAAAGGUGUUAGUGAUGGUGGAGGAAGAGGAACUUCCGAUCUGCAGCGAUAUUAUGCAGAAAAAUGAAGCCAAGAAGGAGAUCUGUGGCUGUGUUUAUGUUCCAAUCCGUUGGUUUAGAAUGCUUGCCAGGGAAAUGCAUUGGAGUUUUGUUUUUGGAGUGGUGGUUACUUAUGGAAUAAGCCAGGGACUGGGUGGAGCUCUGAACAAGGUAGGGACACAGUAUUACAUGAAGGAUGUGCAGAAGGUACAGCCUUCUGAAGCACAGGUUUAUAGUGGAAUAACUACCAUCCCUUGGAUUGUCAAGCCUAUCUGGGGCAUCCUCACGGAUGUUGUUCCCAUUUUGGGGUAUCAUCGACGUCCUUAUUUCAUUUUGGCAGGUGCCAUUGGUGUUAUAUCCAUGCUGUUUCUAUCAUUGGACAAAGAUCUGCAUAUCUUUUUCGCUCUUUUGGCAUUAACAGCAGGAAGUGCUAGUGUUGCAAUAGCUGAUGUGACCAUCGAUGCAUGUGUGGCACAAAAGAGUGGUACUCAUCCCUUAAUCGCGUCCGACAUGCAAAGCUUAUGUGCCCUGAGUUCCUCCAUUGGGGCUCUUGUGGGGUACUCUUUUAGCGGUAUCUUAGUUCAUUUAAUUGGUCCAGUGGGGGUGUUAGGCUUGCUGGCAAUUCCAUCUGGACUUGUAUUAAUUGUUGGUGCUGUGCUUAAUGAAUCACACAUACCUGACUUUUCUUAUAGCCAGGUGAAUGAGAAGUUUAUCAGUGCAUGUAAGUCUAUGUGGACAACCUUAGCAUGCCCUCAAGUGUGGAGGCCGUGUUUAUAUAUGUACUUAUCCCUUGCUUUGAGUAUCAAUAUCUAUCAAGGGAUGUUCUAUUGGCUCACUGAUGCAACGGACGGUCCAUCUUUUUCUAAGGCUACUAUUGGCUACAUAUACUCAAUAGGUGCAGUUGGCGCCCUUUUAGGGGCCAUACUGUAUCAAUAUGGUCUCAAAGACUACCCUUUUAGGAAGCUAUGCUUCUGGACCCAGUUGCUAUUUGGUGUGUCCGGGAUGCUUGAUUUGUUUCUCGUCCUACGCUUAAACUUGAAAUUCGGCAUACCUGAUUACGUCUUCGUUGUGAUCGACGCAUGUGUUUCUGAUAUGAUUGGACGGUUAAAAUGGAUGCCUAUUCUUGUACUAAGCUCUAAGCUUUGUCCACCUGGCAUUGAAGGCACUCUCUUUGCUUUGUUGAUGUCAAUCGAUAACGCUGGAGUUCUCUCUGGCUCUUGGGGAGGAGGGCUCCUGCUCCACGUCUUGAAUGUUACUCGAACCAAGUUUGAUAAACUAUGGUUGGUGAUUUUGAUUCGGAAUUUACUCAGAGUCUCUCCGCUUUGCCUAUUGUUUUUGAUUCCCGGAGGUGAUCCCAACGCUACUCUUCUUCCGACUGAUAUACUGGACACAGAAGAAGGUGAGUCUCCGGAAACUGAAAGUAUAGAACUUGCCUUUCUUGCUGAUAAUGGUGAUGGUAAGUCUGCUACCUUACACGGCUAAUUCUGGAACCAUUUGAGAAUUCAAAACAUGGAUACAUUCGAGAUAAACCGCCUAAUUGCUCACCAGGUUGAACUUUUGAUGAAGAACUUGGGCAGAGGUCUUCUGCAUCAUUGUUUGUUGUAUCUUGUAAUUCAUUCCUUGAAUUUUUUUCUAAGUGCAAAUGGUUUUUCAUUGUUGUUGACCAAGAUACAGCUCAUAGAAAGGAAAAAAGAGAAGGGGAGAGGAAAAAGGAAGAUAUAAAAUGCUUUAUAUAACAGCUUUUGCCUUGUUUAUGCAAUUAUGUUUCUCACAAAA